AUGGGCUGCUUACUGACGUGGCUCUCAGCGCUUCCAGGUGGCAAUGAGCUCUGCUGGAAUUAUCCGAACUUUGAGGAUAAGGUGCUAACUUUCGAGCAAUGCUGCAGCAGCCAGGCCGCUGCCAAGGAGUGCUUCCGAGGCUGGCUGGAGCAGGAUGUCGACAGGGAGUUUGAUGCACUGCAGGGCUCACGAUGGACAGAGGAGGAUUUCGAUGCCUAUGAAGAGGAGCUACGGCAGUACCGUGAUGCCAGACCAGGCGAGUUAGGUUACCUUCCUUGUCGAGUACGAGUACGAGAUGGACACCUGAUCCCCUGCAACUAUUCACUUUGCCAAAGCACUGUGGACCCUGGCAAUGACUGCUCUUACGUGCGCGCCGUGGAGGUGGCACUGCGCAUCAUUGGCACUCACGUGCCCCUACCAGAUCUGGACAUGUUCAUCAGCCCAACCAACAACGACGCAGGAGUAGACAGCAUCCCCGUCUUCACUCGCAGCAGGCCACGAGAUCCACGAGGCUUGUACAUCGCCCUGCCCUUUGAGUUUCAGCUACACCCUUGGCAAAGCCGCAAAUCUCUUGCUGUUCUGCCCAAGGUAGUUUCAAAGCACCCCUGGAAGCAGCGCAUUGGAAAACUCUUCUGGAGAGGGACCAACUCCAAUCAUGUAACCAACCACUGCUCUUUGAAAGAAGUUUCGGAUGGGCAGGCUCCUUGGAGUCUCUGCAUGGAGGGUUGGCAGGAGUCAUUGGUCGGCGAACAGGAUGAAUGGCUUGCAUCGAGUUGGAAUUUCUCCAACUGGUAUAAAACCCCGCGCGGUCUGUUGGUGCUGCUUGGGCAACAUGUUCCCGCAAUGGAUGCGAAGUGGACCGGUAUCUCACGGAAAAUGGAUCCGGAUCUCUGGGACUACUUUGAAGCCGAGAACAUGACAGCUCCAAAGGUGAAGCUCUCCGAGCAGCUUAUCUACAAGUUUGGUAUCAAUAUUGAAGGCACUGGAACGGGCGACCGGAUUUACUGGCAGAUGAUGGGCGGCCAGGUGGUUCUGAACCACGAGACUCCACAGGUCUCCUGGCUUCUUGCAGAUCCAUCCUCACCAAGACGUCAAGGAGCUCUACGCCCCUACGAACACUACAUUCCCAUUCGCUUCGACCUGGCAGACCUUGUGGAUCGACUUGAAUGGCUACAGAGGAACGACGAACUGGCCAGAAGCAUCGCGGAGUCCUCACAGAUGUUCGCUGAACGACAUUUAGGUUAUGACUCAAUCCUUUUCUAUCUGGACCGUGUGAUUCGUCGGUACGCCUCGGAACACCUUCGGCUUUGA